AUGGACCUUGAAAUCGACCCAACCCUCAAACCCCGCGAUCAAAAAUCCCAAGAUGCAGACGACCUCGCCGAGUUCGGACAUGAGCAGAUUCUCGCUCGCAAAUUCAAUAUUUGGAGCAUGCUAGCCUUGGCUUUCUGCGUACUGGGAACCUGGUCUACUUUCGCACAAGACCUGUCUGACGGAUUGAUCAAUGGCGGUCCAGUCUCUAUCCUCUGGGGCCUCUGCCUUGUCACAUUCUGCAAUACAUGUGUUGCACUUUCGCUGGGCGAAAUCUGCAGUAGUAUGCCUACUGCUCUGGGUCAGGCAUACUGGGUUUAUCGUCUGUGGGAUUCUCGCUUUGGACGAUUCCUGUCAUAUAUGUGUGCGUGGAUCAAUGUCUUUGGUUGGUGGACUUUGGCUGCGUCUCAAGUGGCUUUCAUGACGAAUUUUCUGUUGGGCAUGAAAGUUAUGUUUUAUCCUGAUUGGACGGGUGCUUCUAAAGGGUGGUUGGAAUUCGUUGUUUAUAUUGGAUGUGUUUUUGUCCUCACAUUGAUUAAUGUGGUGGGUUGUCGGAAGGAAAAGUUCCUCCCGUGGAUGAACAACUUUGUUGGAAUUUGGUUUUUCGGACUGUUUUUCGUCUUCUGUCUUGCUUUACUUAUUUCCGUGGGGUCGAGAGAUGGUCUUACGUUCCAGCCUGCCACUUUCACUUUUGGAAAAUGGAUCAAUCAGACAGGGUGGCCAGAUGGUGUUGUCUGGUUCAUUGGUCUGGUCCAGGCUGCUUAUGGAUUGACGGCUUUCGACGCUGUCAUCCAUUUGGUGGAAGAGAUACCUGCCCCUCGCAAGAAUGCCCCAAAGGUCAUCUAUCUCGCCGUGAUAUCUGGAGCAAUCAGUGGAUUUAUCUUGAUGAUGGUCUGUCUUUUCUGUAUCCAGGAUGUCUAUUCCGUGGUCAAUUCAGCCAGUGGCCUUCCAUUUAUGGAGCUCGUCCAGCAGACAGUCGGUCAAACCGGAGGCGCAGUACUGAUCGCCCUGUUCGUGACAAACGGUCUCGGCCAAGGCAUCAGCAUUGUAACCACAGCAUCCCGUCUGACAUGGGGCUUCGCACGCGAUGGCGGACUCCCAUUCAGCACAUACCUAUCCGAAGUCAGUCCAUACUGGAAAGCCCCCGUCAGAGCACUAUGGUUCCAAGGCGCGAUCAUCGCCUUAGUCGGCGUUCUGUUCUUGUUCGCCGAAACGGUUUUGAAUGCCAUUCUCAGCGUCAGCACCAUCGCACUCACCAUAUCUUACGGCCUUCCCAUCAUGACUGUGCUAUUGAUGGGUCGGGACAAGCUCCCACAUGGAGGCCAGUUUCACCUUGGGAAGUUUGGUGCACCCGCAAACUGGAUUUCGCUGGUCUAUUGCUGCGUGACUACUGUCUUCUUCUUUUUCCCCAGCGCCCCCAACCCAUCCGGAGGGGAUAUGAACUACGCUAUUGGCGUAUUUGGUGUGAUGCUGGUUAUUGCUGUGACUUUCUGGUUUGUCCAGGGGAGUCGGACCUAUUUGAAUACAGAGGAGUCAAUGCCGCAUGUGCUUCAGGCUCAUGCAGUUGCUCAGGAAGUUGCACCACCGGAGCCUAAGAAGGAGGACCGAUAA